AGUUGUCAAUUCUUGUUUUCAGGUUAUUUCAUGAGAAUAUUAAUCUAUGGGACUGAAAUGAAAUUUCAGUGGUUAUGAUGUCUAAAACAGGCUCAAAAUAAAGUGACUUGAUUUUUCCAUUUUUCACCACCAACCUUGAAAAUUGGCAAACAACAUAAAUUUCUAUGAUUCAUUCCAGUCUGAUGAAAGAACAUAGAAUUCUCUAGAACAACAAAUUAACCAAUCAACGUAAAGUCAUGUUAGCAAUUAACCAAUAGGAUUUCGAUAAUGGAUGUUCAAUAAACUAUAUAUAACACAGAAGGCAGCCAUAUUUGUUAGAUUCAUUUCAAAUUUUCGUUGUGUUAGGUGUAUCUUUGCUUUAUUACUUCUGAACUCUGUCAAAAUGCGUGAAUGUAUCAGUGUACAUGUUGGUCAAGCUGGUGUACAAAUGGGAAAUGCUUGUUGGGAGUUGUAUUGUUUAGAACAUGGUAUUCAACCUGAUGGGCAGAUGCCAAGUGAUAAAACUAUUGGAGGUGGUGAUGACUCGUUCAACACAUUCUUCAGUGAGACAGGAGCUGGAAAACAUGUACCACGAGCUGUUUUCGUAGAUUUAGAACCAACUGUAGUCGAUGAAGUGCGAACUGGGACUUAUCGUCAACUUUUUCAUCCAGAGCAAUUAAUUACUGGUAAGGAGGAUGCUGCUAAUAAUUAUGCUCGCGGUCAUUAUACAAUUGGGAAAGAAAUAGUGGACUUAGUUUUGGAUCGUAUUCGCAAGUUGGCUGACCAAUGUACUGGACUUCAAGGGUUUUUGAUUUUCCAUUCAUUUGGCGGUGGCACUGGUUCCGGGUUCACAUCUUUGUUGAUGGAACGUUUGAGUGUGGAUUAUGGCAAAAAAUCGAAGUUGGAGUUCGCUGUGUAUCCUGCACCACAGAUUGCUACAGCUGUAGUUGAACCAUACAAUUCCAUUUUGACUACACAUACAACAUUGGAACAUUCUGAUUGUGCUUUCAUGGUUGACAACGAGGCCAUUUAUGAUAUUUGUCGACGAAAUCUAGAUAUAGAGCGUCCAACCUACACAAAUUUAAAUCGUCUAAUUGGUCAGAUAGUAAGUUCCAUUACUGCAUCACUGCGCUUCGAUGGUGCGCUAAAUGUGGAUUUGACGGAAUUCCAAACAAAUCUGGUCCCUUAUCCUCGUAUCCACUUCCCGUUGGCUACCUAUGCACCAGUGAUUUCAGCUGAAAAGGCUUACCACGAGCAGUUAAGUGUUGCAGAAAUCACAAAUGCCUGCUUCGAACCAGCAAAUCAAAUGGUGAAGUGUGACCCUCGUCACGGCAAAUAUAUGGCGUGCUGUAUGUUAUAUCGUGGGGACGUUGUCCCUAAGGAUGUAAAUGCUGCUAUAGCAACAAUAAAGACUAAACGUACUAUCCAGUUUGUGGAUUGGUGUCCGACAGGUUUCAAGGUAGGCAUAAACUACCAACCACCAACAGUUGUUCCCGGCGGCGAUUUGGCAAAAGUGCAACGUGCCGUCUGUAUGUUGAGUAAUACAACCGCGAUAGCCGAAGCUUGGGCGCGUCUAGAUCAUAAGUUUGAUUUGAUGUAUGCAAAACGUGCAUUUGUACACUGGUAUGUUGGUGAAGGUAUGGAAGAAGGUGAAUUCUCUGAAGCCCGUGAAGAUCUGGCCGCACUUGAGAAAGAUUACGAGGAGGUUGGUGUUGACAGCGUUGACGGUGAGGGUGAAGGAGAAGGUGAAGAGUAUUAGGUCUCACUUCUUUGGAUUGUUAUGUUUUUGGUUGUUAUUCGUUCCUAAUAUACUUAUCUUAUAAUUACUUGUGAUUUUUUCGUUUGACAUUGUGAAUAACCCCAGUCAGUGCUGUUGGGUUUUCUCUGUGUAGCAUUCAAACUGUUGAUAGGACUAGGGCUUAAUAUGCACUUUUGAUUAAGGUAAGUUGCUUAAAACAUAUUCACUGUGUACAGAGGUACUGCUGAAUGUGGCUAAGUCGUCUCUCGAUUGAAAUAAGGGAUACUCAUUAGGGGUUUCGUUGUGUUCCUCAGUAGACUCAAAAGUCAUUUGGUAGUGCUACGGAACUUGUCAUACUUAAACUAGUUAGAAUUUUUCUUGCACUCCGUAUCUUAUAGCAUCCAGCUAUUUGGAUUCAAGAACUCGCGUGUUGCGUAAUUAUGAUACCCUACUUUCGAGACGCUCAUCAAAAUCGAAGUUGACUUGCAUGUCUUGUUAUGACUUCUACCUAUAUUCAGUUCAUUGGUGGCCUAUCCAGCCUUCGGCAUUAAACUCGACACUGUUUUCACUUACUUAACAUGUCUUUCAGUUUUUGUAUGUUUACUAUCCUCAAUUAGCCAAACCGCAUUCAACGUUGAUAGAAUAGGUUGUGGUCUUCUGACUUAAGCCACAGCAAAGACACGAUUAUUGUUUCUGUAAUAUUUCUCAAUUUUUGUUAAUAGGAGUAUGGCAAUGUUAACUGAUUACUUGUUGUUUAAGAUAUCAAUAGUAGUGAGGCAUUCUCAGUGACUACCCGUACGGCCCGUGGAGGUUGUUGGGUUUCGUUGUGAUCAUGAACCAAUCUAAGUGAAUCAUCAAAGAUCUGGCAACUUUGGAUGUCUGCUUCGUCCUAGCACGGGACUCGUUGGCGGUGCUCAACCGGAGACUGAACCCUGGUUCAUAGUGGUUGUCUGACUUAUACCAUUUGGGGACCUCAGUGAAAUACCCGGUAGUGUUAAAUUUGAGUAGCGAAAGAGUCGGAAUAAUUGUGCUAGAAAUGUUAACUAAGCACUGAGACUAGGAUUUGAGAAGACGGAAUGAAAACGUAUGAAUGAAAGGAUACUGGAACUUAAGACCUUUAUUAAUAAAAAGGUGAGUGUCUCCGAGCAACUGUAAUCGAUUCUGAGCGAAGUUACCAACCGCUGGUCGGGGCUGAUAAAAUCUAUAAGUAUUCAUUGUAAAACAUUUUACCUACACCUUUGGGCUUUUAUUUAUUCGAGCAUAUAAAUAUUGUUACGAAGGGGCAUCGAAUACAUAUGCGCCACACAGUUCACUUGAUUUGGGUGUGAGCUGGGAUACUGCCCGGGUGCCCAAACCGAAGCUCGUAGUUUUCUUAGGGGGCCACACCUAGAGCCUUCGACCUAAAGGUAUGAUUCAUAAAACAAUGGAGCAACGUGAGGAAAUGCAGUUUCAUGUUAACCGGUUACCAACAAUACGUUCAUACAUUUGUUUUCUUAGGAUACUGGAGUUCAUGUGCAUCAUUGGUUUGGAAUCAGGGUUUUCCAACUCCCCUUUGUGGAUCUUUCGUAUCCACCAAUCCAGUUAAAUCAUUGGACAUUCGCUUUUGGUUCUCUCAAUUUCGUAAACAACGCACUUGUUACGAGAAGGUAGUGAGUAGGACUUCCCUGGUAGUGGUUGUAUACACAUGGCCAAGUAAGAAGAUACCAUACGAAUGGAUCUUUCAACAGUAAUUACUGCUAUUGUACUAUUGAAGAAUUUCAUUGCUUCAAAACUAACAUAAUUCUAAUUAUAUCACGAUGAACUUUCUAAGUCAAUUAAUAUUGACUAUAUUUCCGAGGUAUUUUACCGUUUACUUCACUUAGUAUCUCAAAAGUUAAGUUAAUCAAUACUAUAUUGAAUUAUGCUUAAUGCGAAUUAUAGUUAAACCGUUGCUUUCAUGUAUAUUAUCUGUGUUUUUGGAUAUUUAUAAUCAGUGAUUUGGAAAUGUAUUUGAAAUCACUAUUGUUAUAUCUUUCAAAUUGAUUUGUGUAUUAGGUGACUGUAUUGUAUUAUAGUAUUGAAUGCUUACGUAAAUUCCAUAUUUACUAUUGUGUGAAAUGGUUGUUUAUAUUAUAUCGGAAUACAAUUUCCUGAAAACUAUCGGAUUCCAAGAUAGUGGUCUAAAGAUUAAGUACUCAUUUUCAGGUCUUAAAGUGUUAGGAUCGAAGUAGUUAGUUGACAAACAUUCUCAACUUAGAGGAAUCCACAUUUCACAAGCACGCAAUGGAAAUACUCUCAGUGACGCAUUUUAAAUUAUACCUCUUUCGAAAUGCAUCCCCGAACAUUACCCAGCCUGGUUGUCAAAAAGAUUACAGACAUCAGGUAAUAGCUCAAUUUUUCAGCAUCCGGUCAAUUACAUCCACUUCGCUUCAGCAGAAACCUCCUUGAAAAUCAUACAUACAGUUAGAAGAGUCAGUUUAAUAGGAAUGCGAAUGAAAAACUUAUGUACAACAUUAGCUAUUGCUAUCCACUAGUUUAAGCCUAACUUUUGCAUACAAAACCAAUAUGUUCAGUUCGUCAUUCUUCUAUGAUCUUAACCUUCCUUUCUAUAUUGCAUAAUCUACCGUUUUUAUUCUAUUAUUUCUACUCUUUUCCAGUUAUCUUCACAACUACCAAUUAUCAGUGAUUAAAACUUUUAGUAACUCUGUUCUUAAUAGCCGAUCAUCUUACUACUUUUUCACUAGCCGACUAUUAUAUAACUUACUCUCAAUAUAAGAUUUUCGAUUACGGUUAUAUAGCUUAAGUAAAUGAAAUUGUCGAAAAGAACAUUUUCUUUUUUCGCUUUCUUCUUCGAUGACACUAUGGGCUUUAACAGUCAAAUUAACAUCACAACAGAGUAGAUGAUGGCUUAGAUUGAAAUAGACCAUUCUUGUUUUCAUGAUGAGAUCAUUGACUUCAUCUGUCAGACCAUCUCUAGUAUAUUUUCAUACGUUUCAAAGUAAAUAUAAUAUGAUUUUAAUCAGAGAUAUUAACACCGUUGGAUACCGGCCAGCUCAAUGGUCUAAAGGUUUAGCGUUCGAGCGCGAAACUGAUAGAUCCUGGGUUCGAAUCUCGCGGAGGGGGGGGCGGGAUCGUGGAUGUGCACUACCACAGAGGAAUUCAAUACUAGGAUGAGAUGGCCAUCCAGUACUUCCAGGUUUUCCAUAGUGGUCUAGCUUUAAUUGACUCAUGAAUUCAACUAUUAAAAUAAUAUGAUUUACCAAUAAAUGUUACUUGACUAACUUGAUUACCUAACUAAAUAAACCUUCGAAAUAAAUUGAAUGUUAAAUCCUUUCAAGGUAAAGUAGGAAUUGUAAAAAGUAAAACAGUUUUGGAAAUCGAAAUGAUUCCUGAGUUUCAUGAAUGAAUGAACAGAAAAAAGAGAGAAGUUGUACACCAUUUGAAAACAUUAAAGUUUGUAAGUGCUAUUACUAAAGUUUGACCUGUUAAUUUUAAAUAACUUGAGCAUUGAAUAGAUUGUUAUUAAUAUUUUAUGAUAUGUGUUACUGAUAUCGACAGAUAUAAGUAGUAUGUAUCACUAAUCAAUCGAAAGUAGAAUGCCUGACGGUAGAAGAUCGAGAAGAAGAGAACUCAAACAGAGAGUGAUUGGUAUAGAGACGAAGGAACAAUAAAAUCUGAGACAAUUUAUAAACAUUCUGCAAAUAAAGUAUUUACUAUAUAGUUCUCAAAUUUUACUAAGAAAUUAUGUAAUUGUGUAUUUGAGUACAUUUGAUUGUACCUACUUGUGUUCUCGUUCUUACUUACGCCUAUUACUCUUCAUGGAGGAGUAUAUGCUAACUACAACCGUUCACUAUCCAACUCUGUCCUGGGAAAUCUUUUCCAGUUGUUAUUCAUCCUUUUCAUAUCCGCUUCUAUUUCCUGACAUAAUGUGUCCUUUGGCCUUCCUGUUUACCAUUUCCCUUCAAAAUUCCAAGUUAGGUCUUGUUUUAUGAUAAAGUUUAUUGAUUUCUUCAAUUAUUUCUUUUCUUUUCUUCUAUUUUAACACAUAUAUAUUGGUACAAGGAGGCACCAAAUACAUAUGCACCACACAAAUCUCAUUCGAUUUGCCCGGGUGCCCAAACCGAAGCGGCUGGUAUUCUUAGGGGGCUACAUCAGGAGCCUUCGACCUGAAGGUCUGAUCCACAAGGCAAUGCAGCAUCGUAAGGAGAUACAGUCCCAUGGAAGCCGGUGACUAACAAUUGGUUCCUACGCCAUUGGUUCCUUCAGCAUACUGGAGCCCAUGUGCACCAUUUGUUUGGAAUCCGGUUAAAGUACCGGACAUUCGCUUUUCGUCCUCUCAUUUUCGUAAGCAACAACUGCGUCACAAGGAGGCAGUGAGUAGGACUUCCCUGGCAGAGGUUGUAUACACGUGGCCAUGUGAGAGUAUCUCGAGAGGGAGAGCGGACUCUCCCCACUCUCGGUCGUACAAGGGCAUUUGAGGGUGAUUUCUUCAUUGUAUGGUCCUAUCCACUUGUAACAUUCUCGUUCACUACAAUAUUACUUUUUUUAUUAUCAAAAUUACAGUUUGAUUUGUAAUGAAGUACAGUGUUAUUGUACUGUGAAAUUGAUCUCUUUUUCUUUUGUACUAAAAUUGUAAUAACAAAUACACGCAUAAUGUACAAUGAUAACUCAUGUGAUAGUGAUAUAAAUAGUAUAAUGCAUAUCCUUAAAUAAUCAGUAAUUUAUAUUAACUUUUUUUUGUUUUUAAUGAUCAUAUGAUGAACUCGGUUAAUUAAUGUGAUAUUGAGAAGGCAAUUUCCUUUUACGGUAAUGGAUAAGGCAAUUAAUGAUCACAUAGUUGUGAUGAAUGAUAAUGAAAGUACAUAGUGUUUAUUGUUUAAUAAUGAUUAGUUGAAUUCAUAAAUCAAUUGAAGCUAGACCACUAUGGAAAACCUGGAAGCACUCAACGACUGUUUCGUCCUAGUAUGGGACUCCUUUGUGGUAGUGCACAUCCACGAUCCCCCCCGCGGCAUUCGAACCCAGAAUCUACCAAUCUCGCGUGUGAGCACUUAACAAUUAGACCACUGAGCAGGAUAAGACAACUUCUAAUCAUAUAGUUGUAAUGAGUGAUAAUAAAAGUACACAGUAUUUGUUGUUCAUUAAUGAAUAAAUUGAAUAUAGUUAGUAGUAUUGUAUUGAAUAAGGAUACGAAUGAGGACAAUCAAAUGUAUUUGAAUACAACAUUACCGAAUCUCUUAGUAAAAUCUGAGAAUCAUAUAGUAAAUUCUUCAUUUGAAAAAAUGUUAAUCAAUCGUCUCAGACUUCAUUGUUCUUUUGUUUCUAUACCAAUCGUUCUCUUUUCUUUGAUCUUCUUAACUUUCGGCCUCCAGGUACUUCACUUUCGAUUCAUGAUAUAUAUUACUUAUAUCUGUCGACAUCAGUAGCACAUACCACAGUAUUAUAAAAAAGUGAAGGUAUAUGCAAAUUUCAGAUAUGAUCAAUUUCUAUGUUUAUACUGUACUUAUAUAUAGUACUAUUAUAUCAAUCACAAUAGAGAUAGCUUCUUCUA